CUCUAGGAGGUUGCAGCAGCUCAGCAACCCAUCAUAAUAUCUGGUUCAACGGAGGUUGAUGGGCAUAUGUUUUAUACUGGACUAAAGCAACUGGAACCUUCUUUAGAGACUCAGCCGGAUUUACAAUUCUUGAUAUGUCCUUCCAAUUAUCUUAUACAACAUACUCUCUUUCUAUCCAAGGAUAUGUCAACCAAGACUAGCAACUUUUCGAUUAAUAUACGGAUUUUAGGCGAACUGCUCGAUAUGUGCUACAUCCGAGAGGCGUCUGACCGCCGUGAUAAAGUCCUUGCUCUCCUGGGCAUGGCCUCUGCGGCCUCUGAUAACUAUAGCAUCAAUGCUUUAUCUGCUCACUGUGAAAUUACUGAGGAAGCGCUUCUCAAACAAGUUAUUACGUUUAUUUUAAAUAGGCUUGAAAUUUUAAUAACUUGGAAUAAUAAAGAGAUAGAUAUAAGCAAGAAUAAAGGCUGCAUUCCAUGUUCUCAGAGCAGUGUCUUCAGUGAAAAGCGCUGGCAUCUGGGACACAAGCAAGAAAUAAGCAUCACUUUGACAACUGGUACGCGGAUGGAAGGAGAGGGCGCUUACUGGCCAGCACUUUUAGACUCAGUGGAUAUGACCUCGUGA